AUGUCAUCAUUAAACGGGGAACCGAGCUUUGCUGCUUUUGUCUCUCAACUCACCCUGCGAGAGAAGGUAUCAUUGCUGUCGGGCAACAGCUUCAACACAACGCCGGGCGUCGAACGUCUCGGUAUCCCUCGAAUCAAGGUUGCUGACUCGAUCAAUGGAAUUCGGCCAUCUUCACUGAAGGAUGACAUGACAACUGCCUCCUUCCCUAGCACAACUUGCCUGGGCUCAACAUGGGACAAAGAGCUGCUGCACCGCAUGGGAGAGCGGCUUGCUCACCAGGCCAGGUUGAAGAGUGCUCAGGUCGUCCUUGGUCCCACAAUCAACAUCCACCGCGAUCCUCGAGCCGGCCGCAAUUUCGAGUGCUUCAGUGAAGACCCUUUGCUGUCGGGCCAGCUCGCAGCCGCCAUCGUCAACGGCCUCCAGAAGCAGGGGGUCGGUGCUUGUCCCAAGCACUUCGUCUGCAAUGACUCCGAGACCAUGAGGCACUUCUACAACGUCGCAGAGUCCCCCAAUUGUCGGGGGCUGAGGGAGAUCUACCUGGCAGCGUGGCAGCACAUGUUGCGUGAGUCCGAUCCUGUGGCCGUCAUGACCGCGUACAACAAGGUCGACGGGACAUUCUGCUCCGAGAAUGGAACCCUCAUCACCGAUAUCCUGCGCCGCACAUGGGGAUAUCGUGGCGUCACCAUGUCCGACUGGUUCGCCACGCGGUCAACUGCAGCCUCCAUCAAGGCGGGCCUGGAUCUUGAGAUGCCCUUCCCAAUUCUCAGAGGAGCCAAGCUCGUCCAGGAAGUUGAGUCCCGAGCGGUCACAGUGGCAGAACUCGAUCAACGCGUGCUCAAGAUGCUUGAGCUGCGCGACAGAACCAAGGAUUGCCACAGUGACGAACCGGAAAGAUCCGAGAUCAGCGACGAAACGAACGCCAUUGCCAGAGAACUUGUCGCGAGCGGCAUGGUCCUUCUGAAGAAUGUAGCCGAGACCUUGCCCCUGGAGCCCUCCCAGCAGCUCAAGGUGGCCGUGAUCGGCGAAUUCGCCAACGAUCCCGUUGUCACCGGCGGCGGAAGUGCGUCCUGCAAACCACAGUACAAGCAAAAGCCUCUCGACUUCCUCCAGGAGGCCUUCAGCAAACACGGCACCGUCCAAUACGCCCCAGGCGUCCGAACGCGACGUAUCAUUCCAGUGGCCCCGACCGCCCAACUCACCGCUGCCGACGGCCGCCAGGGCGUGGACGUCUCCUACUUCAACGACGACAACCCAUCCCAACCCAUCCUCACCGAAUUCCAACCAGUCCCCCACGUCUCCAUGCUCGGUCAGCAUGAAUUCAAGCCGUCCCUCCACGUCCCCGGUUCCCGCCUCGAGCUCACCACCACCCUGACCCCCUCCACAACCGGCACCCACACCCUCGCCGUCCGCUGCACCGGCGCUUUCACGCUCUCGGUCAACAACUCGCCCAUCCUAUCCCGAGCCAUCCAACCCGCCAUCACCACAGAGCAGUUCCUCUUCAACCACACCCUCCUCGAAACCCGCCACGAAAAGGGCCUGCCCAUGCUCGCCGGCACGCCCUACGCAAUCCACCUCGUCGUGCACUCCCGCACCGAACUGAUGCCCCACGGCGAACCCACCCCGUACAGCGCGACGCUCUGCUUCGAGGAGGAAUACUCGGAGGAAACCGCGAUCCACACUGCAGCGGCGCUCGCCCAGUCCGCGGACGUGAGUCUCGUCUUUUGCGGACGCAGCGCACAGUACGAGUCAGAGGGGUUUGACCUGGAGGAGAUGGCCAUGCCGGCGAACCAGACGGCGCUGAUCCGCGCUGUGGCGGCUGUGGCCAAGAGGACGGUGCUGGUGCUGUACUGCGGGAAUCCGAUUGAUGUGAGCCCGUUUGUGGACGAGGUGGAGGCCGUUGUGCUGGCUCAUUUUCCGGGCCAGGAAGGGGCGGCGGCGCUGGUGGAUGUCUUGACUGGAAGGGUGAAUCCCAGUGGACGGUUAGCGACGACGUGGUGGGUGCGGUUGAAGGAGGCGCCGAGUUUUGGGGCGUUUCCUGCCGCGGAGGGAGAGAAUGGGGUUGAGAUUCGGUACGAGGAGGGAGUGAGGAUGGGGUACCGGUGUGAGGAUUUGGCGAGGAGGGCAAGGUGGCCGUUUGGGUUCGGCUUGUCAUACACAACGUUUAGGUACGGCGGGCUGUGUUUGGUUGUGGAUGAGGAGGCGGAGCCGGCAAGGCUGAUGUGCUCAGUCGAAGUGAGCAACACUGGGGGCAGGGAGGGACGAGAGGUUGUCCAGUUAUAUGUGCGGCCGUCAAAAUCUCAGAGCGCUUGGAGGCCGGAGCGGGAACUGAAGUCCUUCGCCAAGGUCCAGCUACAGCCGGGAGAGAAGAAAGUAGUGAAAUUGCAGGUGGACUUGAAGGUUGCCUGCAGUUAUUGGGAUGAGGCAGCACUCACAUGGCGGCUGGAGGAGGGUACAUACGGGGUCCAGGUUGGGAGCUGCCAACAAGAGUUCAAUGUGAUGAAGACGAGGGCGUGGAAUCACCUGUAG